ACUGCUGUGAUGGAUACUUCGCGUAGUGCCUUUCUAACUCCAUCAAUGAUAAAGGAAUUUUUGGCUGUUCAUCAAAUGGAAUUUAUCGAUAAAGACUAUGCUAUAAAAAUUAUUCAGGAGCACGAACCUGACUCGACUUUCCGUGGCAAGUACCAGUUAUCUUUUGAAGGAUUCGUCCGUUAUUUAAAUGACCCAGUGAAUUUCGCAUUCGUGCCAGAGGAAAUAAAACCGGACAACAGUUCUCUUCAUUAUCCUCUCAGUUAUUAUUAUAUUUGUUCAAGCCAUAAUACGUAUUUAACAGGACAUCAGUUAAAGGGCGAGUCUUCAGCUGAAAUGUAUCGUCAGGUAUUAUUGACCGGUUGUCGAUGUGUGGAACUUGAUUGCUGGGAUGGUGAUGACGGAUUGCCACAAAUAUUUCAUGGACACACAUUCACUUCAAAAAUCAGUUUCCGUCAGGUGAUCGAAGUCAUAAAAAAAAGCGCAUUUGUUGCAAGUAGCAUGCCCGUUAUCCUUUCAAUUGAAAAUCAUUGCUCACUGCAGCAACAAGCCAGAAUGGCCCAAAUGUUUAAGAAUCAUCUUGGUGAGAAAUUGGUAACGAAUUUCCUUUUUGAAGUUGACUAUAGCGAUCGACCUCGAUUACCAUCACCUUGGCAGUUACAAAACAGGAUUCUUAUUAAAAACAAGAAGAUGGUUUCAGAACCGAGCUUUGGGCUGUCACUUGACAAGAAUAUUUUUCAUGAUAAUGAACAUUAUUUAAAUGAUGAGGGCGAAGAUGAUGAUCUGGAUGAGUUUCUAGAUGAAGAUGGUCCAGAUGAUAUUGACUGUGAUGAAAAAUGUGAUACUGACAGUGUCAAGCUGAAUGAUCGCUCGUUAAAAACAACGUUAAGUUUUCGAGAUAUUAUUUUCGAAAGCAGCGAUAUACAGAAAAAUAAUCCCACUCAAGCGUCAGUUACUAUGCCAUAUGGCUCGAAAAAUGACGAUGAUUCAACUCCUGAUCGAGCUAGUGGAGCAACUGCAAAACUCGUUGCAAGAAAGCAAGUAGCUGGGCCACUGGUCGCCCCUGAAUUGUCUGAUCUUGUCAACUAUUUGCAAUCCAUUAAAUUUAAGCUGCAAAAUUUGCAGGGCUUUCCUCAAUCCUUAAGUGGACCAUUCAGACGAUCACAUAUGGAUGAUCCUUAUUCUGGUCCAAAGAUUCGCUCAAGUUCCAAUCUUCUUAUAAUGGGUACACCACCACGAAGAUUACGUAAUGCAACUUUAAUCCGACAUGAUGCCUCAUCACGUACUGCAGAUGGCGGUGUGAAUGUGUUGACUUCUCUUCGACCUAAAAGCAAUGCAUCAUGUUACCAAGUUGUUUCAUUAAAUGAAGCAGCUGCCAGAAAGUUAUGCAGGAAACACGCGCUAAAAUGUAUUGCUUAUACUCGCAGUCAUAUAAUGCGAACAUAUCCUGGAGGUAUUCGAAUCGAUUCAUCGAAUUUCAAUCCCAUUCAGUACUGGGCAUUUGGUCUUCAAAUGAUAGCUCUUAAUUUUCAAACACCCGAUGUCUCCAUGGCAAUAAAUACGGCAAUGUUUGAAUCAUCAGGAAAUUGUGGUUACGCAUUGAAGCCUCGGUUAUUUUGGGAUGACACUCAUCCUCUCUACAGAAAAUAUAAUCCAAUAUCGAAGGAUUUCGCUUCACUUUCAGCUUUAAUUUUAACUUUGCAGGUGAUCUCAGGCCAACAUGUUUGUUUUAAUCAGCAUAAUAUUUCUACUCAUGUCGAAGUAGAAAUUUUUGGCAUAUCAGUGGACUGUGCAAAAGAAAAAAGCAAAGUGGCCAAUCGAAAUUCCGUUAAUCCGAUCUGGAAUUUUUUAUGUACAUUCAAAAUCAAAUUUGUAGAUUUAGCAUUUUUAAAGAUCGCCAUUUGUGACAGCGCUAAUGGAAGAUGCGUAUCUCAACGAGUAGUUCCAGUUCGUCAUUUACGACCAGGUUACCGACAUCUGCCUCUUAGAAACAGUGUUAACCUUCAAGUGGAUAAUGCUACGAUAUUUAUACAUUCUCGAUUUGAACAGGAAGAACAUGUUUAUUUAUAUGACGACGAUGAAACUACGAUGUAUAAUAUAGAUCAACAAUUAGCAUAUCAAACUAUAAAAGAUGAUCAAAUAAAGCCAGUGCCAAUGUUAAAACGUCAGGUCUUUGUUCUACGGGUAUUAGGGCUGCUCGCUGAUGAUGGUGCUGUUAUUGUUCAUGCCGAAUUGAAUACUACUGUAAGAAGCGUUAUACAAAUGGCAUUAGUUAAUGCGGGUAAAAGCUCAGAUAAUGCAGAUGAUUACCUGUUGAUUGAAGAAAGUGCUCCAAGAUCUUUACUGUCAAGUGCAGAUGAUGGUGAAAGUAUUUUUGAUGCAUUUGGUAGUCGAAUUUUGCCAUACAAUGAAUUUAUUAUGGAUGCUGUUGCUUGCUGGGAUGGUUCAACGAAACGUUUUAUUGUAAAAAGAAAAGGAAACGAUCCUGGCAGCAGGGCAUGGAUUACUUCCAUAAUUAAAAGUACAGCAGGAUCUGCAAGUCCAUCAUCUUCAACUUAUGAACGGAAAUCUGAUAACGCACGCUACAAGAAUCUGCAAGGAACAUCUUCAUCACAUGGACGCUUAAUGUCCGUCGAUUCACAACGUCUUGUAGAGAUGGUUACCAUUUCAGAUAACCAGUCGCAUCAACAUGCUCGUUCCAUUGGAGAUACAUUUCUUGUAUGUGUUCAUAAUGUAUGUGAUAAUCAACCGUACGUCAUUUUGCGUGCAAAUAUAUCGAGUACGGCAAACGACAUUAUAAGAAAGGUAUUUAUAAAAUCGCAUUGUGUGGAAGCUAAUGAAGCUGAUUAUGUCCUGGUUGAAGAAACUGCUGAUAAUGAUGGAUUUGAUCAACAAUUUCAUCAAGACACAGCCGAUUCUAUUAAAUUUGCUCGCAAAAAAACACCGCAAACCUCAAAAUCGAUUCCAAGUAAGAUCAAUAUAAAAGCUCGAGUAUUGCAAUCAGAUGAGAAUGUCUGGAAAGUGCAAAAUGGUUGGGUGGCUGCAGGACGUUUUGUUCUGGAAAAUCGCAAGGAAACUGUUCAUUCGGCGCUAGAAAAAAUUCGCAAUUUCCUUGAAGCGCUCGAAAAUGCUCGAGCUUUCAUUGGCGAUCCUGAACAAACUUUCAAAAAAUUCAUAUAA